AAGUGCUUUGACUCCGCGUCCCUUGCACUUCUCCUUUGAGAUUACUCGCCUAUUUAAGAGACUAGGCUGAACCCCUUCACCAUCACAAUCAAAUUCUCAACAUGGCAAAUAACGCCAACAGAGUUGUCUUUAUUGAUCUUACUAUUUCCGAUUCUUCUUCUGAUUCUUCUUCGUUGGCAUUCCCCUCACUUGGGGCCCCAACACCUGAACUCUCUUCUGGGCUUUCCCUUGCCUCUGAACAAUCGGUGACUUCUCCCUUGCCCAGGGAGGAGAAUCACCCUCAUCUCCCCGAACAGGUGUCAGGGGGUGUUCUUCCGGGUUCCGGCGUGCUUCCUAAUGGUGCCAGGACGGAGGUCUCUUCUGGCUGUCCUGGCACAUCUCAUCCGCAGAAGAUACGCAAUCCCCAGUCAGGAGCUUCCCGGUUGGUCUCUGGUGCGAGACCUUCCUCCCAGGGUUCCCCCUCCCCUCAGCAGUCAUAUGGACAGCCACCUGAGGAGUGGGGGGACUAUGACAUGGGGGGAAAUGAUGAUUUCUCUGCCUCCCUGGCUCAAUCCAACGACAUGGCUGGGUUAAGUCCUAGCGAGUUCUCAAGACUUCAUCCAGCACCUCGUCUUCCCGCACCAUCUCCUCCUAGUCCACCCAGGCUUCCAUCCGGGAAGAUAAACUGGGACUCUAUGACCCUCCAAGACUUCGCGUUGUACCAGAGGAUGCGCAGGGCUAAACUUGAGCAUUCUCUGCCGACUGUCGAGGCGGAACCUUCACGUGAAAGCCGGACUGCUUCUCCAAACUUGCUGAGGUCUCUCAAUGAUGGUUCUUCAUUGGAGCACCAGCUCCCCGUCCUGGGACCUAGAAAGACUAUGACAUACGGGAAGCUGCUGAUUCCGCUGCGUGCCCCUCGUCGAAAAGAAGGAGCCCAUGGGAAGGGCCGCCACCUCCUUUUUGUUGAUUGCAUGGAUGCAAUAGGCCCUCCUUCAGUGCCUAGCCCCCUGCCAAUUAAAUUUCUUUUCCUUGUUUUAUUUCAAGAGGCAUUCACAUGUUUGGUCCAGGAGUUUUUCCUGCGUCCCAUACUAAGGAAUGUCCUCCAAUUUCAGUCUAGGAUUUAACGUGGUAAUUCAAAGAUACAACCUUCGAAUUAGGAAUCGAUAAAUUCCCUCAUUUUCUUUUUUCUUUAUCUCAAUAGGAACCCUUAUUGUGAACCAAAAAUGUAAACUUUGGCCCAUCAAUGUGGUCCUUAAUGGUUAUUUCUUUGCACUUUUUCUAAUGCAAGUACAUAAUUCAUUCUCUGUAUAAAAUCUCAUCUCCCGG